AUGGGAUUAUUGACAUUGUUAAAGAAAUAUAAGAAGAAAGAAAAAGAUAUGAGGAUAUUGUUACUUGGUUUAGACAAUAGCGGAAAGACAACUGUAAUGAAGAAAUUUCUAGGAGAAGAUACAGAUACAAUAUCUCCUACACUUGGAUUUGGUAUAGAAACCGUACAAUACAAAGGAUUAACUCUUAAUUUUUGGGAUGUUGGUGGGCAAAAAAGUUUACGACCAUAUUGGAAAGGUUAUUUUAGUGAUGCUGAUGGUAUUAUUUGGGUAGUGGAUUCCUCAGACAUAGAUCGAUUAAAUGAUUGUGACAAUGAAUUGAAACAACUUUUAAAAGAAGAUCACUUAUCACAUUCUUCUUUAGUAGUAUUAGCAAACAAAUCUGAUUUACCAUCAUCUUUAUCUGCCGAUGAAAUUUCUAAGGUUUUAAAACUUGAUCAAUUAACAACACAUAAAUGUAAAACAUUUUCAACAAGUGCUAAAACUGGAAAAAAUCUUUUGGAAGCAAUUGAUUGGUUGUGUAAUGAUAUCUGUUCAAGGAUAUAUGUAGGAAAUUGA